AGCUUCCCAGCAGGAAGUGGGAUCGCCGCCGCCGCCUCCUCCUCCAGCGCUGCCGGGCUUGCACGGUGGCGGCAGCAGCAGCAGCAGCAGGGCGCGGAGGAGGCGGUCUGGACUGGGCGGCGGGCGCCCUCCUCGGCUGCGGCGGGGAGCAGGUGCAUGCAUGGGGGGAUGGCAGGGGCCGGCUGGGCCCCCCCGCAGCUGGAGGAUUUCAUCCUGACCGAGAGGCUGGGCAGCGGCACCUACGCGACGGUCUUCAAGGGCUACCGGAAGAGGAAUGUCCGAGAAGUGGUGGCCGUCAAGUGCGUGAACAAAAGGAGUCUGAACAAGGCGUCUGUGGAGAACCUCUUGACGGAGAUUGAGAUCCUCAAAACCAUCCGCCAUCCGCAUAUCGUGGAGCUGAAAGAUUUCCAGUGGAACAAAGAGUACAUCUACUUGAUCAUGGAAUAUUGUGCUGGGGGUGACCUGUCUCGCUUCAUUCACGCACGCAGGAUACUCCCAGAGAGGGUGGCUCGCAUUUUCCUACAGCAACUGGCUUGUGCCUUGAAGUUCCUUCAUGACAGGAAUAUCUCCCACUUGGAUCUGAAGCCUCAGAACAUCUUGCUCAGUUCCUUGGAUAAGCCUUAUCUCAAACUAGCAGAUUUUGGAUUUGCUCAGCACAUGUCUCCAAGGGAUGAAAAGCACGUGCUGAGGGGUUCACCGCUGUACAUGGCUCCUGAGAUGGUGUGCAGCCGGCAGUAUGACGCCCGGGUGGACCUGUGGUCUGUUGGGGUGAUUCUCUAUGAGGCCCUGUUUGGACGCCCUCCCUUUGCCUCCAAAUCAUUUUCUGAGCUGGAAGAGAAGAUCCGUAGUAAUCAGCCUAUCGAGCUGCCCGGCCGUCCGCGCCUCUCGCCAGAAUGCCGGGACCUCCUGCAGUGCCUCCUGAAGAGAGACCCCCAGCAGCGCAUCUCCUUCAAGGCCUUCUUCGCCCACCCCUUUGUGGACAUGGAGCACAUGCCUAGUGAGGAGAGCCUCGGCAAAGCCACCAAUCUUGUCAUGGAAGCCGUGGAAAAGGACCAGGCUGGAGACGCGUCGGCCGCCCUCUCUCUCUAUUCCAAGGCCUUGGAGUACUUUGUGCCUGCCUUGCGCUAUGAGAUUGAUGCCCGCAGGAAGGAAGCCAUCCGAUCAAAGGUAAGUCAGUACAUCUCGCGGGCAGAGCAGCUCAAAGUGCUGGUCUCGUCCAACAACAAGACCCUCCUGCAGCAGGGCAACCCUGCCAGGGACAUCCUGAAAGAGAUGUCCAAGGACAAGCCCCGUCUUUAUGCUGCCCUGGCGGUAGCCUCUGCUGCUGUCGCAAAGGAGGAGGAAGGCAAAGAUGACAGUGAGACCCUGGAUCUGUACCAGCAGAGCUUGGGUGAAUUGCUGCUCAUGUUAGCUGCUGAGCCUGCGGGGAGGAGAAAGGAGCUGCUGCAUGCUGAGAUCCAGACUCUGAUGGGCCGAGCAGAAUACCUGAAAGAACAGAUCAAGAGGAAGGAGUCGCAACUGGAAGCGGAGUCCAUGGGCAAGGAGGGCAUGAUGGAUUCUGUGCGGGGCUCCUGCACAUUACAGUGACCCUGAUACCUGGAUCGUACGCUGUGGAUUCUAUACCUCAAUCACCGAGCAACAGAUGAUCCUCCAACUCAGAUGCAAGAACCAGUCACAGUUUGUAUGGACUUGUGUUCGUCUCUGCGCGCACACACACACACACACACACACUGAACUUAUGAAGCCUGAGGUUGUAUAAACUGUAGCUUUCUGUAUAGAGGGAAUUGUAAUUUAUUUGUAUGCUUUAUAUAUAUAUAUUGUACAAUUCAUUUCUGUUGUGCACUGUUAAGCAAAACAAGAGGUUCGAAGCAUUUAAUAUAUAGGAAUAUGCUCAGGUCCGUUUACACACCCUAUCGGGUAAUGCAUAGUAUAAAUGAAGGUUUGGGUGUCUGGUGCAAUGCCCAGUGAGUGGGAUUUUAAGGACUCUGAUGGUGAAAGUGAACAAAAAUCUAUCAAUGGUUGAUUACUUUAAUGUCCAUGGUUGUCAUCCAGACAAAAUUACUCAUGAGGAGUCCCAUUGAAAUGGGACAAGUUACUAUAUACUGCUUUGCAAUGAAAGGCUUCUCAAAGCCCUGCUAACUGAGGAAAAAAAGCACUUUUUAAAGUGGUGAUUCUUUUAUGUUUAGCGUGGGAGAGCAACUGGCCCUGUCCAGCCCCCGUACAGCACUUCCAGUGGCUGUUGCUGGCAUUUACCUUAUGGGUGUUUUUGGUUUUGGUUUUUUUUUAAAGAUAGUGAGUCCUUUGGGGACAGGGAACCAUCUUAUUUAUUUAUUCUUUAUUUUUCUAUGUAAUCCAUGUUGGAGACUUUGUUGAAAAGCGAAAUAUCGAUAGUAUUAGUGGUACAGUAGUAUACUUGGAAAGAUAAAUAAGAUGGUUCCCUGUCCCCAAAGGACUCACAGUCUAAAAAGAAACAGCGUGGACAGCCACAGGUACUGGGAGAGGUGCUGGGCUGGGCUAGGGACAGUCGCUUUGCCCUGCUAAACAGAAAAGAGAACUCCCACUUAAAAUUCAGUGAGAAUUUUAAGGGAAUGGGGAAUUAAAACCCCAUUCAGCCAUGAAAACUCACUGGGUGACUCUGGGCCAGUCAUGUAUCUCUCAGCCUGACCUACCUCACAGGGUGGUUGUGAGGAUAAAAAGAACCAUAAAUAGAACUCUGAGCUCCUCGGAGGACGAGCGGGAUAGAAGUGUAAAAAUAAAUAAAUAAAUAAAUAAAGUGCCUAGUUAGCAGGAGUUAGUCAUGACUAACUUGUCCCAUUCAUUUCAGUGGGACUACUCAUGAGUAAUUUAGUCUAGCUGUCAACUCACUUCUCCAGUCACUAUUUUAAAACUGCUUUCUGGCUUUACACUUGCAAGGGAAAUGCUACUAUUCCAUGCCCCUCUGGCAAACUCUUGGGAAUAAAAGGAAAGGUGACGCCA